AUGGAUAAGUUUGAGGAAAAGCAGAUUUUCUUAGACAUUGCAUGCUUUUUCAACGGCGUAGAGAGCACAGCCGCAACAUUUGUGUGGAAAGAUUGUGGUCUUUUCCCUGAAAACGGACUCGCUGCUCUCACUGAUAUGUCUCUGUUGAAGAGAGACCAUCACGACAUUCUUCGGAUGCAUGACCUGAUCAGAGAUCUUGGAAGGGAAAUCGUCCGAGAGGAGAAUUAUCUGAAUGCAGGAAGCUUGAAGAAGGCCAGAGUGUUGUGCUUGUUGAACUGCCCAAGGCUGGUUGAGAUCCAAGGUCCCAACGCACUGGAGUCUCUGGAAAGCAUAAGGAUUGGCCAGUGCAGUUCCCUAGUAAGGUUGCCUAAUCUCUUGAAGUUGAAAAAGUUGAGGACCAUGGAACAUAGAUUCUGCAGGUCACUAGCGGAUUUGCCUCCUCUGUCUCUGGUAGCCUUCGACGAUUGUCAUCCAGUAGUCGACAGAUGCGAUAAGCUAUCCGACUACAAUGGCCCUUGCUGUCUUUGCAAAAACAAAAGGAAAUGGCCGAACCCCCGUUCGCGCCUAUGA